UCUAGAAUGUAAACACUGUUGUUGCUGCUGUUGUGUCCUGACAUACAGGUGUCCUGUUGCUUCCUGUUUCUUUCUUCCUGUUUGUACGUGCGUGAGAGGAGGUGUAUCGCUCACAUGACAGUCAAGACAACGGAGACACCGAGGAGAGAAGGUUCUAAGAGCUACGUGGAAGGUUCACUUAAGAGAACCUCAGAGAACACCAGCAGCAGCAGACACAAUGUUAAGACCAAGAAAGAGAAGACUGCUUCACCUCUCACUAAGGUGGUGGUACGACGUCUUCCUCCUAACAUGACAGAAGAGGAAUUCCGCGAAGCCGUCUCUCCUCUGCCAGAACAUGACUACUUUACCUUCUCUCCAGCUGACAACAGUCUUGGCCCCUACUCUUUUACUCGAGCAUACAUUAACUUCAAGAAUGUGGAUGAUGUCUUCACAUUCAGAGACAAGUUUGAUGGCUAUGUUUUUGUUGAUCAGAAAGGAAAUGAGCAUCCUGCCAUGGUAGAAUUUGCUCCUUUUCAAAAGAUACCAAAGCGCACUAAUGGGAAAAAGAGAGAUGCCAGAUGUGGGACCAUAGAUCAGGACCCAGAUUUCCUGGCCUUUCUUGAGUCCAUCACCAACCCUGUAGCUGUGACACUUCCUCCUCUCGAGGCUGUGCUUGAGGAGAUCCAAGCUCAAGAUAGGGAGCUCAAGGCAAACAAUGGAAUUAUCAAAGUCAAGACGCCACUUCUGGAGUUUAUUGAACAGAAAAAGGCUGAGAAACUACGAAGUAAGGAAGAGAAAAAGGAGGAGAGAAGAAGGAAGGAAUUUGAAAGAAAAAAAGCAAGGGAAGAGGAUAAAAGAAAAAAGAAAGAUGGGAAAGAUGUCCGAGACAUAAAGAAGAAGGAAGAUCUCAAGGAUGAUAAUUCGGUAAAGGUUUUACGACCUGAAAGAACAAAGGAGGACUACCUAGCAGAAGCCAGGCUUUCAAGAAAGGAGAGGGAGAAAGAAAGGUAUGAAAAAGAGCGGCUAAGAAGAAUAGAAGAAGAUAGGCUGAAGAGAGAGCGAGAAAAGGGAAGACUAAUAAAGAAGGAAAAGGAAAGAGAGGACAGGCUAAGAAGACAUGAAGAAAAGACCAAAGUGAAGGAGGAAGAGAGAAUUAAACAGAGAGAGGAGGUGAAGGAAGAGUGGCAAGAAGAGAGAGUGCAAGUAAGCAAGUCUGAGGGAGUCAAAUCAAAGCGUUACAGUGAGGGACGCAGGAAGGAGGAACGAGAAAGGGAGAAGAGGAUAAAAGAAGAAAAAGAUAAAGAAAAGAAGAGCAAAGAUGAACAUGAGAAGGAACCAACACCCAAGGAUGAGAAAGAAUCAGUAAGUGAAGCACUUACUGGAGCAACUGAGCCAAUGGAAAUGUCAGAGACAAUUGAGACUCAGCAAGAAAAUGCUGAGGAGAGGAAUGUCAAGGAGGAGACCAACCAAGAAGAACCUGCAAAGGAACCACAAGAGAGCGAGAAGCAUUCUGAGGAGAAAUCGUGUGCACGCAAGAAGAGAGAGAAGGAUCCACGCGUUGAAAGAAGGAUAAGAAAUAAGGAUCGUCCAGCAAUGGCCCUCUACAGACCUGGUCAAUCUCGGCUUAGUAGCCGGAUGCGUCAGGACCGCGAGGAAGGAGCAGAAACGUCGUCAUCUAGUCCAAGUCCUGUCAUGCCUCCUGGGGACCCCAAGAAAUACCAGUCACAGACCAAAAAGGAAAACUCAGAUACCCAAAAGGAGACUUUGAACUCCAAAGAAGGAUCUGUAGACUCCAGAAGUGACUCUCUGGAUCUGGAUCCUGAAUGUCCUAAAGACAAGGAUGUGAGGGGUAGGGAGGACCACGUUGGCACCAAGACAUUAAGGGAGAGUAGGGUGAAGAGCAAUGAAGCUUGUAGUGAGAGGUACUAUAGUAAAUUCAGGGACGGAAGGAACAAAGGCCAUCACACGGGACGCAAGCGAGAGACGGAGGAUGACAUAGAGGUGCGUGAUGGAGCCCAUGGAGAGCAGAGCUCUGAUGUGGCAGACAAUGCAGAUACUGCUGCAGAUAUGAAGAAAUUCCCAGGAGUAAAGACCAUGACUUUCAGAAGGAGUGUUAGUCGAGAGUAGGGUAGGAAAAAAAAUUUAAUUUUUUUUUUAUAUAGGUUAUAUGGUUUUCACCUGGAUAUUGUCUGAGUGUUGAUAGUCAUAUAUACUUUUGUGGGCAAUUUAAAAUAACUUUGCUGUUUUAACAAGCAAGUGCAAAAUUUGUCUUCUGUGAAAUUUGUUUUCAUUUGCUUGAAUAUACAGGGCCAGGAGCUGUGACUUGACCCCUGCAACCACAUAUAGGUGAGUACAGUAUUAUACUUAUAGAGAUAAAUUUGAUAUUAAGCAGAUGUCAGAUUAAACAAUAGUUACAAAGCCAGCUUAUUUUUGGACUAGUUAAUAAUAUAUGUGAUAUUAAUAUUUUGUUGUAAAAAAGUUUGAAUUUUAUUUAACCCAGUUUUGUGAUUUUUUCAGACUAUUUUUUCUUCUUUUUUUGGGUAGUCAGACAGCAAUCAUAUAGAUGAUGUGUAGAGUGUUCAAAGUGAAGAGCUGAUUUAGGCUUGUUGCAAUCAUUAAGAGAUAAUAUAGCAAUGGAUAACACAUUAAGAGAUAACAAAUUAAUAGAUACUAUUCCAGGUUCCUGUGCAUAUCUCUGAUUGGUUGUUAUCCCCUCAAACGUCAUUCCUAGUUACUCACAAAAUCAUAAUAGCAUGAGUGCAAAAAAUCACAGAACUAGUGGGGCUGGAACCCAUGGCACGUGAGUCCUGUGAGUUUUAGGAUUCGUCCUUCAUGGGUUCAACUAGCACCCAUUCUGUAAUUUGUCCUUCAUCUUGUACACACUUCCAUAUGACUUAGUCCUCUCCAGCUACUUGUACAUAGUACAUAGUGUCUUCCUAAAUUUUUAGUUUGAUUUGUCGAAUAUCCAUCUUUCAGGAAUUCAAUGUCCCAGUUUUUUUUUUUUUUUUACAUGCUGACCAUCUACCCAUGAGGUAGGGUGACCCAGAAAAAAUGGGGAAACACAUUCAUUAUCAUUCAUUUAAUCAUUUUAUUGCUAGAAGUGUGCUGACAUCAUAGUUCAGAUGACCCUCUGAACUGGAACAUCUUCACCCCUCCUUUAGAGUGCAUGCACUGUACUUCCCAUCACCAGGACCCAUGUCCAUUAAACCAGUUUCCUGAAUCAUUUCAGGGGAUUCAGGUGACCUAAAGAAGGAAUCACAUUCACCAUCACUCAUUCAGCAGCUGUCUUGCCAAAAGUACGUGGACAUAAUAGUUCAAAGACCCUUCGAACUUCAGCAUCAUCACCCGUCCUUCAGGGUUCAGGAACUACAGUGGAACCUUGGUUUUCAUUUGCCCUGGUUUUCGUCGAAUUCAGUUUUCGAUGACUUUUUUCAUCAAAAUUUUGUCCCAGUUAAGAUAAGAUAAGAGAUAGGAUUUCAUUCGGAUUUUUAACCCCGGAGGGUUAGCCACCCAGGAUAACCCAAGAAAGUCAGUGCGUCAUCGAGGACUGUCUAACUUAUUUCCAUUGGGGUCCUUAAUCUUGUCCCCCAGGAUGCGACCCACACCAGUCGACUAACACCCAGGUACCUAUUUGCUGCUAGGUGAACAGGACAACAGGUGUAAGGAAACGUGUCGAAAUUUUUCCACCCGCCGGGAAUUGAACCCGGGCCCUCCGUGUGUGAAGCGGGAGCUUUAGCCACCAGGCCACCAUUUUGGUUUUCGUCGAGUUGAUAGUGGUUCACCAUACCAAACGUGUCCACCCGCGCCUACAUAAAGCAUCCCACAUGUUCUGAGUCAGUCUGGCUUUGUUUCUCAUUGGUAGAGGGUGGUACUGAUGGUGGCAGAGGGUGGUAGUGAUGGUGAACAUGAGGUUUGUCCCUUUUAAAACAGACACAUAAAGUAUCUUUGUAUUUAACCCUUAAACUGUCCAAACGUAGAUCUCCGUUCACAUGCGUAGUGCCCCAACCUUGAUUUUCCCCAUUUGAAAGCAUUAAAAAAAAAAAGUAGAUCUACGUUCGGAGCCCCCCGCACGUGGACGUAGAUCUACGUGUGGAUAGUUUAGGGGUUAAUAAACACUGAGAAUGUCAUCUGUCUGAUCCCUAUGAGCUCUGUUAAUUUUAGUGGCCCCCAUUUUGUCUGUCAUUGAAAGUUAAUAUUGAAUGUAUUUUUUGUAUAUAAUAUAUCCCAGAUGUAAAUGACAUUUUCCAUGGUUGUUUAUACAGUAGUAAAUAAAUUGAAGGCCAUUUUAA